AUGAUCUGCUGCCGAAGAAUUCCGGACAUUGCCAAAGUCAUAGUCGCGUCUCUUAAAUCUACAGGAUCACAAGUCUCGACGCUGCGAACUGAGGUGUUGCAGAUUGAGAAUAGAAGAAGCUGCUUGGACCCCGCCGCCGGCAUGCUCCGACAGUCUCUGAGCAUCCUGAAGCAGUUUGGCUCAGGAGCAAAGUCACAAGAUGCCACAGAACUUCUACACGAGGACCUGGUUAUGGUGGAGCAGCGGGUGGAACCGGCCAGGAAGGCAGCCCUGGUCCUCCAUAAGAAGCUGCUGGGGUGCAUGCAGAGUCAACCGGGACUGGAGGCUGAAAAACGAAUGAAAAAGCUGCCCCUGAUGUUACUGUCUGUCAGCAUGGCAGAAUGCCUCAAAGACUUUGACGCCAGCUCCUCAAUCAGAAAAGUUUUAGAGAUGUGCUGCUUCAUGGAGAAGAUGCUGGCCAACAUGCUGGCAGACUUUGAGAUGAAAAUGGAGAAAGAAGUUCUGGAGCCGCUCAAUAAACUCAGCGAGGAUGAUUUACCAGAGAUCCUGAAGAACAAGAAGCAGUUUGCAAAACUCACCAUGGACUGGAACAAUGCGAGAAUCAGGAGUCAGGCCAGCACUGGGCCACAGGCAAAGCAAGACGGGCUCAGGGAGGAAGUGGAAGAAGCUUGGAGGAAGUUGGAGAACAUCAAGGACCAGUACUCCGCAGACCUGUAUCACUUUGCAACUAAGGAAGACGACUAUGCCAAUUAUUUCAUUCGUCUUCUUGAGCUCCAAGCAGAAUACCACAAGAUAUCGCACGAGUUUUUGGACAGGACUAUCAACGAGCUCAAAGACAAUCACAACCAAAAAGGGCCGGCGCAGAGCCUGUCCAACAACAAGGUGUACGGAGAGGCCCUGCUCACACACCUGUCUCAAAGCAACAGAGAAAUCGCAGCACCUAUCCAGGAGUGUAUUCACAUGCUGCUGAGAACAGGCAUGAAGGAGGAGGGUCUGUUUCGUCUGGCUGCUGCAGCUUCGGUGGUGAAAAGGCUGAAGAACUGUCUGGAACAGGGAACGGUGGACCACAACGAGUUCAGCAUGGACCCUCACGCGGUUGCCGGAGCCCUGAAGUGUUACCUUCGAGAACUUCCCGAGCCUCUAAUGACCUUUGAACUCUACAGUGAAUGGUUUAAAGCAGCAGGGGAAAAGGACCCGACAGAGAAGCUGGAGCAGUUCAGGUUACUCCUGAAGAAAUUACCGGUCGAAAAUUACGCCAACCUCAGGUAUCUGGUCCAGUUCUUGUCUCUGCUGUCUGAGCACCAGGCUGUGAACAAGAUGACACCCAGUAACGUUGCCAUCGUGCUGGGGCCAAACCUGCUCUGGCCACGAGCUGAGGGAGAAGCCGCUCUGUUUGACAUGGCGUCAGCAUCCUCGGUCCAAGUGGUGACGGUCAUUGAGCCUCUGAUUCAGAACAGCCAUAGUCUGUUUCCAGAAGCUGAAUCCUUUGAGAUCCCAGAGCUACCUGAGGUUGCAGAGGUCCCUCCUCCUACCACCCAGUGUCUUUUCUCAGAGAAGGAGAAACUGAGCAGAACGGUUUCGUCUGCUUCCUCCACAUCGUCAUCCUCCUCCUAUCAUCGCUCUCUAUCCAAAACAAACAGCACAGCCUCUCAGGACAGCGGAGGCUUUUUCCUGGUCAAAUCGGGCUCCGUGGGUAGUCGCAGUGCCACCACGUGGGCCAGCCCUACAGCUGAGGUGGAGAAGUCCUCCCAGCAAGAUGCAGCACCCAGUAGCCCACCCCCUCCCGUUUCGGGAUUGGAUCCGGCUCCCGCUCCUCCAGCUGGGUGUAGCUCUACGCCCAACCAGAAGCCGGCCCCGGCUCCCAGGGCUUCUCUAUCGGUACCAAACCCGGCUCAGAAGCAGAGCACAGAUCAGAGCCAGCUCGAGCCUAUUUUGGAGGCACCUCCAGAUUCUCCCAAAGCAUUAGUGAAAAUCUCUACCCCAUUCAAACCAAAGAGAACGUUCUGCCCGGCCAAAGCCAACGAGCAGAUUAGUGUUCAGUACUCCAAACAGAAAGCUCCGGUGCCUCCCAAGUGCCCGGCUCCUCCACCUCCGACCCCGGCGAAACCAGCGGCUGACGCAAGUCCAGAGAUGAAGCCGGCGCCUCGACCCCCGCCGGUCGCCGUCAAAAAGCAGCUGAAAAAGCCGUCGGUCAAAGCCCCAAACUGCCCGCCUCCGCUUCCUCCACCAUCACAGCCACAGCAGGUUCCCAGUAUAGCACAAUGAGAGUGUAAAUGUUUUUUGUUUUUUUAAAUCUUAUGGUUACAUUAUUGUCUUCCAUUGUAUGCCUUUUGGCAUCUUGUGUUUAAUGAAUUUUUUUAAGGGAUUUUCCCGUAUGUUUGUACCCAAAAUCAUUUAUUUAUUCUAUUGUCCCUCCUGUCCCACAUCUUGACAGAAAUGAGAACAAUAAUAAAUGAACGCACAUUUAUCAGGAAAGAUACCAGGUUGGACUGUUCCAUCACAAUAGCAAUUAAAAAAACACUUUGAAUAGU